UGAUUACAUUUUUCCUCGAAGUUGAUAGAGUCUAUAUUUAAACAUGAUGGUUGAAAUGUAUUAUGAACAUCCUUCUAUGUGAUUUCUUUACUUUUUCCUAUUUUUGUGGAAACUUGAAGCUAAUGUAGCCACAGUCAUCUUGAAUGAUGUCACGACGAGGGGCCCCGAUGUAUGGGGGCCGGAAGCAGCGGGCACAUUUCUUUGCCCAACAAGCAUUUGAAAUUGAAAUGUCAAUAAAGAAGAACUCUGUCAAAGAAAUGAUUGACGUUGCCAAGAAAUUUUUUGAAGAUGGUCAGUAUGACUCUGCUUUCAAUCUCUGCAAUGCAGCUGAACAUAAAGCAUAUGAGUUCUUUGAGUACCCUGACGGUGACCUCUUUAUGGAUCUCUUUGACCUCCGUACUCAGCUGCUCAUCAAACAAAAUGAUCCCAUUGGAGCACUUGACGAUGCCUCGCAAAUGAUGGAAAUAAUGAGUUUGAAUCCACUGAGUAACCUGCGUUAUGCUCAGGCGUUGCGGGCAAGUGGGAAGCUGGCGGACUCCUUUGGCUUCCUGGUGGACGGUCUUAAGCGUCUGUGUGCAACUGACGAUGACAAGGUCACCUACUUUGCUGAACUGGCUUCCGUCAUCCCAGACAUCAGAGUGGAAGACGACAGCGUUUAUAACGAGGUUGACGUCCCCAGCUCACCCCAGUUCUGGUCCAGUGUCCUCAAGCAGCUAGCCAAGGGCGACAGAUGGCAGGCAGUGUCUCUGCUCAUCCUGGGCCUCACCAAUGGGCAGGACUGUCCACUGGAUUGUGUUGCCUCUGAAGCUUCAACUGCUGAUAUCACUGUCUCUGGGCUGCUCAAGCACCUGUCUGAUGUGGAGCUGAAGACCUGGGGCAUAAAGCUUGCUAUCUGUCUGCUGAAGAAGGGUGCAGCCAUAGAGACUAUUGCAGCUCACUAUUUAGAACCAGUGCCUAUUACUGCUGUUGAAGUGGCCAUUAGAACAGGCAACAACGAGCUGUUCAGGUAUGUCAUGGAAACAAGCUCCAAGUUCCGGCUGCACAUUGACAACAAGGACAAGAAUGGGGACACACCGCUCCAUGUCCUGGUGAAGUCAGGGAAGACAAAUUCAUUCAGUGGAGAAGCCCUUCUCAAGUUGCUGCUCAAUUACGGAGCAACUGUCGAUGUUCUUGACUCAAGUGGAAAACAACCUAUUGACUACCUGGACGCCAAAACACAGGUGUAUGCUCACCUGAGGCAGGCUGCUAGCAAUUCAGAGGGUACCUUAAGGAAGAAGAUUGCUGGUCUGAAAGAACAAGGAAACAAAGCCCAGCAAGUCAAGGACCACUUCCAUGCUAUCGGAUGGUACAAUGAGGCAAUCGCCUUAGCCUCGACAAUGCCCAAUAUGAAGCAAGACUUGGCAGUCCUUCACAGUAACUGUUCAGCUGUCUACUUCAGCUUAGGCAUGUACACUGAUGCCCUGAGAUCUGCUGUAGAAACUCUUGCUAGUGAUCCCAAAUUUACCAAGGGUUAUUGGAGGAAAGGUCAAGCCCUGAAGCAGUUGGGUCGAAUUCAGGAAUCACUGGCAGCAUUCAUCCAUGCUAUGCAGAGAACAACGACCACUAAUGACGACCAAGUCCGUUUUCUUACUGAAGUCGCUGAUCUGCUACCCUUGAUGGUUCAGAAAAACUUUGUUUACAAGCCACAACUGGAGGCCACAUUGAUCUGGCUAGCACCAUUAAUGCCUAGAGUUCUGGAAUGUCUGGUCAAGACAUCAUCUUUUGAAGCAAUCAGAAUCCUUAUCAUGGGUCAGAACUAUGUCCCUCUGAAACGAAAAUUACCACGACCUGCUAUUUUGACUCUGAAUCACCUUCCAAACCCAGAACCUCAAGGAUAUGCCAGAAGGUUCAAUGCCAGAGAUGUGGCACUGAGCCAGUUUGUGUUGAUGGCUCCUGAGACUGACUGGCUCGAUGAGCUGGUGAUUGUCCUCAUGCUGAAGGGGGCUCCUUAUGACUCCCUCAAAACAUGUGAUGGUGACACGCCUUCACGCUGCCGUGAGGCUCUGCCUAAAGUCAGGUGGUACCUUGAUGUUCGAGCACGUCAUGCAGCUCAACCCUAUGUUCAUCGAUCAAAGAUACAUGAAGGAUGGUGAAGGUCGUAGUCUGUUCCACAUGGUCUGUGAGUGCUGCCCC